AUGUUGUUGAAACCAGCACGGUGGGUAUUGUUGACCUGGGUUCGGCACAGGCCCAAUUCAUCAUUGUUCCGAAAUACCACUUCCGGUCCAUCCAACAGCGACAAAGGGAGCAGUGAAUACUCAUCCACAAAGGAGACACAUUUCGGAUUUGAAACUGUUUCAGAGCAAGAAAAGUCAGAGAAAGUCCGUGCCGUGUUUGAAAACGUGGCAAAGAAUUAUGACCUUAUGAAUGACUGCAUGAGCCUUGGCGUUCACAGGGUAUGGAAGGACAUAUUUGUUCAUCGCCUAGACCCAACGUCUUCAAUGAAGCUUAUCGACGUUGCUGGUGGCACUGGUGAUAUUGCGUUCAGAUUUCUUAAAUAUAAGAAACAGAAAAGGGACUUUACCAAAACGGUGUUCCCCUUUGAUUUCCCCCUUCAAACCCUCCCAAACAAUCCGAGACCAGAGAAUGAAGUUGAGGCGCAAUAUCAAGCAAUGGAAGAAUUCCCUACUGGAUCAACAGACUUGCGCUCAGAGGACAGGUCCGUUUUAGUUUGCGACAUUAAUCCAAAAAUGUUGGACGUUGGAAGAAAUCGAGCCAAAACAGCUCUGACUCCAACUGAGCAGCAGAGAAUAGACUGGAUGGAAGGGGAUGCAGAGAAUCUGGAUAAAAUUCCUGACAAUUCCUUUGACGCCUAUACUAUCGCAUACGGGAUUAGAAACUGCGUCCAUGUCGAUAAAGUAUUGACAGAAGCAUAUCGAGUUUUGAAACCAGGGGGUAGAUUUAUGUGCCUAGAAUUUAGUCGAGUUAACAAUCCCCUGCUAAAAUGGGUGUAUGACCAGUAUUCCUUCCAGGCUAUUCCUGCGUUGGGGCAAGUGAUUGCUGGAGAUUACGAUUCCUACAAAUAUCUGGUCGAAAGUAUUAGAAAGUUUCCAAGUCAAGAAGAUUUCAAGGCCUUGAUUGAGGCUGUUGGAUUCCGGUUUGUCACAUUUGAAAAUCUCACUUUUGGCGUCUCUUCAAUUCACUCUGGCUUUAAGUUAUAG